AUGUCUUCUCGAUUUUUCCGUGGCGGAGAUGACAGCUCGUCCGAGAGCUCCAGCGACGAGGAGGAGCUUCUCACUGAGGAGGAGGAGGACGACCAGAACCAGCAGGACGGCUCCGAGGAGGACUCUGACGAGAUGGAAUCCGACGAAGAUGAUAGCGACGACUCUGAUGACUCUGAGGCUGGUGCCGGCAGGUUCUUGAAGAGCGGCGCCGACUCCGACAGCGAGGAGAGCGAUGAGGAAGUUCGAGCCAAGGUCAAGAGUGCCAAGGACAAGCGCCUGGACGAACUCGAGGCAUCGAUCAAGCAAAUCGAGAACGGUCAGAAGAACGGCGACUGGACUUUGAUCUCAAGUGAAUAUGACAAGCUCAACCGCCAGGUUACCAAGCUGCCCGGCGGCAAGACCCCCAAGCCUUACAUUCGAAUUAUCUCUGAACUUGAGGACUUCAUGAACGAGGCUCUUGCUAAGCAGAAGGUCACCCCCAAGAAGAUGAACGCCACCCAAGCCCGAGCACUCAACGCCGUCAAGCAAAAGAUCAAGAAGACCAACAAGGACUACCAGACCGAGAUCGACUCCUACCGUGCGAACAAGGAUGAAUUCAUGGAGUCUUCUGAGGAGGAGGCGGCUCCUGCCCCCAAGCCCAAGAAGACUGUCAGGAUUGAGGUCGACGAGGCUCCCGAGGAUGGUGACGACGAUGGCUUUGCUACCGUCGGCAAGGGUGGAAAGGCUCUCACAUACACCCCCGAGAGUAUCUUCAAGCACCUUCGAGGCAUUAUGGAGUCUCGUGGUAAGAAGAACACAGAUCGCCUGGAGCAGAUUACUGUGAUGGGGAAGCUGCUCGAAAUCGCCAACACCCCCUACCAGAAGAUCCGUGUUCUGCUCGCCAUCGUAUCGGCACGCUUCGAUCUCGGCUCAAGCAUUACCAGCGCCAUCCCCGUCGAGCACUGGAAGUCUGCUGAGAAGGAGCUCCUGGCUCUGCUGACUGUGCUCGAGGAGAGCCCAGAGUACAUUGUUGUUGAGAGCGCAGAGGAGUGGGAGGAUGACGACAAGCCCCCUACUCUGCAGGAUGGUGAGAAGUACAUCAAGGUUGCUGGCAGCAUCGUCUCAUAUGUCGAAAGACUGGACGAUGAACUGAACCGAUCUCUUCAAGCCAUUGACCCCCACACUUCAGAGUACGUUGAGCGCUUGCAAGAUGAGGGUGCCUUGUACAAUGUCAUUGUCCGUGGUCAGUUAUACUACGAGCAGCUCCGCAAGGACAAGGACCUCGACAUUUCCCAAGACAGCAUCAACCGCAUCAUCAUGCGAAGACUGGAACACAGCUACUUCAAGCCUGCCCAAGUUAUCAAGACCUUUGAGGAGAACCUGUGGAAUGCCGUCACUGACAAGGCCGAGUCGGCCAUUACUCCCCGCAGCGAGGCCAGCGAUGCCGCCAACCUGGUCAACAUUCUCUGCAAUUACCUGUACACCAACAGCGACGGCAUUAUCCGUGCCAGAGCUAUGCUGUGCCAUGUCUACUUCCUCGCUCUUCACAGUGACUACUACAAGUCUCGCGACAUGAUGCUGAUGUCGCAUCUUCAAGAGAACAUCCCCAACUUCGAUGUUCAAACCCAGAUUCUGUACAACCGUACGCUAGUCCAGAUUGGUCUCUGUGCUUUCCGCAAGGGCCUGGUCUACGACGCUCAGAACACUCUGCAGGAGAUCUGUGGCAGCGGUCGCCAGAAGGAGUUGUUGGCUCAGGGUGUGAUGAUGCAGCGCUUCAACCAGGUAUCGCCUGAACAGGAACGCCUGGAGAAGCAGAGACAACUGCCUUUCCACAUGCACAUCAACUUGGAGCUGCUGGAGUGCGUCUACCUCACCUGCAGCAUGCUUCUUGAGAUCCCCCUGCUUGCCCAGACCGGCUCUUCCCCCGACAUCAAGAAGCGCAUCAUCAGCAAGACCUACCGUCGUAUGCUGGAGUACCACGAGAGGCAGAUCUUCACUGGUCCUCCUGAGAACACCCGUGACCAUGUGAUGCAGGCGUCGAAGGCUCUCGCUGCUGGUGAGUGGAAGAAGGCCACCACUUUCAUCCACAACAUCAAGAUCUGGGAUCUCAUGCCAAACACCGAGGAGAUCAAGACCAUGCUCUCCAAGCAGAUCCAGGAGGAAGGUCUACGGACGUAUCUCUUCACAUACGCCCCCUUCUAUGAUACCCUCGCCGUUGAGACUCUCAGCGGCAUGUUCGAGCUGGAUGCCACCAAGGUUUCGGCUGUGGUGAGCAAGAUGAUCAGCCACGAGGAGCUGGCCGCCUCGCUCGACCAGGUCACGUCAAAUCUCAUCUUCCGCAAGGGAGUCGAGCUCAGCCGCCUGCAAUCCCUCGCCCUCACCCUCUCAGACAAGGCCAGCGCCCUCAUCGAGACCAAUGAGCGCACACUGGAACAGAAGACACAGGGCUCAACGAACGCAUUUGAGCGCGGCGGCGGCCGUGGACGGGGAGGCCAAAGAUCGGGUCAACGACCCGGCAGAGGCGGAGCUCGCACAGGUGGCAACACCCAAAGGCAAGCAGGCGGCACACAAUUUACGGGGGGUGCGCUGGGAGCUGCUGUCAGGGGUUAG